AUGUCGGCUCAUAUCAACAAUCCCGGUCGGCUAAGUGAUUGUUACGAUCCCCAGGUCACAGGGGCCAAAGUCACCUCCGCGUCCCCACCUAGGCCACCUGUUCCCAAGGCCCCGAUAGAACUUUCGAAAACAGCUGAACUGGAUCCCGUUCUGGCGCUUCUUCAGUCUGAUGUCUCCCAGCUGGACGAAUUUCGCAACAGCUUAAGGGAGAAAAGUAUUAGAAGUCAAAAGACUUUGAGCAUCUGUCCCUCCACAAAUGAUCGUGGGCAAAAACCGUCUCUAAAUCCCAAUCAUGAAGUUUCGUCUACGGAGCUUCAGGCUUCUUCCCUUGAGGCCCCUGCAUGUCCCUCAACGAUAAGGCAGGAAGAUGUGAUUGAUGCCCAGCGUGACCUCAACUCCCAAAUCCAUGACCUAAUUGACCUUGAGUUCAGUUCAACAGCGAAAAAGCCUGGUGGAGUUAAAAAGUCUGCUACAAGCACUACCGACGGAUGCUUAAAAGAACUUCCCUAUAAGGAAAGCCCACAAGACGACGGAAAUACCUCGCGUCUCCGAGAACGCCAACAUCAGUUCCGAUGGUCUGAGCGCUAUCAACGACCCAGUACUUUUAAUUUAGUAAGAUCGCCACCCUCUUCUCAAUCUCAAACCCUGAAAUCCACAGAAGUUAAGGAGAACGAUAUUAUUCCCUUGGUAAAUGGAGCUACGAAGCCCAAGGACAUGCAAAAGUACCAGCCAAGUUCAUCAGCCAGGGUCAUUAGUAUGUUCGUCCCCCAGCUGAAGGAUGUCAUUCCCUUCUGGGUGUUCUCUGCAAGGCAGCUGAAUGUAUUGCGAAGAAUGGCACAGACACAAAUCACUCUAACGCAUGAACGUGUCUGUCCAUCCAAUCGACUAAUCAGGUGGCGAAUCGGACGGACUAAAUGUACGUCAGCACCAACAGCAGCAAUAUCCACUUCUGGAGACUAUAUAGAUGCAACUCACUCCCCCGGUACCAUCCUCAUGAACCAACAGACUGACCUCGUCUCCGGGGCUCCUAAGACACUAUCGACAAACUCAGCGGUGACAAAUGAAACAGAGGAUUCACUUACCCCUUUAAAAUCACCUGAUUCUACUUCACACGGUUCCACAUUUUGGCCUGAGAUGGGUGACACGAACUCCAUAAGUAGCGAUGCUGUCCAAGGGAACGCUUAUGGGGCAAGCAGAACCUUCGUCGGACCCCUAUUUGGUCAAUCAUUGACAUUCUGGCAGCGCCGUGUUGGGUACCCUUUCCCUCCCUGUAUCUCAAAUAUGCUCGCCUACUUACAGCAAGUGGCACACGUCGCGCACGGCAUCUUCCGCAGAGCUGGCGGGAAAUUGAGGGUCCAGGCCCUCAGGGAACGCAUUGAAAAGGACAUAUACUGGAAUACGUUUGAUGAAUGGCAACCAUACGACGUGGCUGAUCUCUUAAAGCAAUUCUUCCGCGAGCUGCCAGAAUGUCUACUGACAAAUAAGCUAUCCACAACUCUUAUAAAUAUCUUUCACCACGCACCACAGGCCUGCACUAUUGACCUUCUCAGAUUAGCAAUGAUCAGUCUUCCCGACGAAAACCGAAUUGCUUUACAAAGUUUGCUUUACUUCCUCCAUGCUCUCGCCAAUCGAAGUUCUUUAACUCAGAUGAGUGCAUUGAAUUUGGCCAUUUGCUUGGCUCCCUCGCUCUUCCGUUUCUCCAGUCUCCUUUCGACAUCAAGUCCUGUGGCACCCUUGCUGUCUAACCUCGGUUCUCGGCGGCGUCGAAAGUUAGAUCCUCUAGGCGGCCUCGACCCCAAGGACUUGGCUGAACAGACAGCCGCCCAACAGUGUCUCUGUUUUCUCAUUACCAAUGCACCUCAUCUUUUUGUGGUGACAGAGGACAUCGUUCUGAAGACACGAGUCGACAGCGAAUCACUCGAGACACCGCAGCUAUCGGACAUCUUGUGUCCCCACGGCAACGCUAGAACCUGGCUGAAGCAACAGGUGGAGGAACUGCUUCGGGAGUGUGGGAGUUCCAUCGGAGACGCCAACGGCAUGAGUGUCGGUGGAAAGAACACAUCCACUAAGCACAACUGGAGCACCCUUCCCAAAGAGGUCCUCAGGGCAUAUAGUACAGAUUCCGGAGAAGGUGAGUCGCUUGCGGGUUUCGAAAUUUUCGUACGGAAACCCACAAAGACGAGCAACCAGCACUCAGAACCCGGUGCACCAUCGCUUCAGGUCCCACGAACGUGGCGUUGUACCCUCCUUUUCCCCGUCGCUGACCCUCAGCUUAUUGCUACUAAAUUUUGGAAUGAGCGUCAUGCCAAGUACUUGGCUCCUUAA